UUGGCCAAGAACCAAAAUACGUAGUUUUUUUUUACAGCAACAGUAUCAAAGAUAUAUAAGAGGAAAACAUGUUUAGUUUUUAUAGGAAUAUGUACUUAAGUGUAUUAUGGUCCAUUUCCGAAGACAUGGAGCGGCUUUUAGAAUUGUUUUUGUUUCAAAUCAGCUAAUUAACCUGACAUGCGAAAAUGUAAGGAAAACAAUGAACACUAGUGACCUUUGUUUGUGAGUAUAAAUUGUUUCAACUGAAAAAUGUAAAUAUUUAAACACCGAAGCAUGCAUAUGAGCAAAAUGAAAAAUGUAAGAAUGAGGUCCUUUAUACCAGGCCAACCGAACGACGGAGGCAAGUCCCGAUCGUCUUCUUCCCUCCUAUAAAACCUCCUCCCCCGCCACCUACAGGAAGCCAGCUCUUCCUCUGCCCACCCAACAACAACAGACUCAGACCAGCAGCUCAGCUCUCAACUGCCGUCGAUGGCGAAAUGCAGCAAGAUCCACAACAUCGUCUUGCUCCGGCAGACCCUGCAGCGGUGGCGGUCCCGUGCCGCGGCGCGCGCUGCUACGGGUGACAGCAUGGUGUCGGUGCCGGCGGGGCACGUGGCGGUGUGCGUGGGCGGCGCGUCGCGGCGGUUCGUCGUGCGGGCGGCGCACCUGAACCACCCCGUGUUCCGGGAGCUGCUCCGGCAGGCGGAGGAGGAGUACGGGUUCCCCUCCGGCGCAUGCGGCCCCAUCGCGCUCCCCUGCGACGAGGACCGCUUCCGGGACGUCCUCCGCCGCGUGUCCUCCGAGGAGCGCCUCGGCGUGGCGGCCGUCAGCAGCUGCGACAUCGCGACGCGGCCGUUGCUGCAGAGGAUGGCGGCGGAGGAGCUCGUGUGGUGACCGAUCGAUGGAAGCAACACGCAUAAGCCAUUCGGCAUACGUGCUCUGUUCUCACAUAAGGUAGCCCUGGCGAUUUGACUCCGGCGACGGCAGCCGUGGCAUCAGCAAGUGGUCUUCCGUACGCGGAAAUGGCGAAAUCAUGUCGCCGCUGGGAAGACUCCGCCCGCCCACCGGCGCGCACGGCAAGCGCCCGAGGACCAAAUGUCUUAUUGACGGACGUUGUCCAGUGUCCGGUGUAGCCGUCAGCGGCGCCCCGAAACACGAAUCGGGGACGGUGCCGCGCGUGAGCAACCGAGCCUCUGUACGACUUGAAAAGUUAGACUGUAGUUAGAAGAAAUUUGUAGUGAUUAGUUCAAGAUGAAGAUGACGAAUUUUGUGAUUGUCGUAAUUAAUCGAUUGCAUUCCUUGCCGCUAAUAAUGUCUUGGCUCUCCAUGGGUGUCAUUAGCUGUUGUAUUAUCUGUUUUGCUAACUCUCCACCGAUUAAGAACUUUCUUAUUAAUGUGCAAGAUUCACACCUUUAUAGACUACGAGAUCACAUGACAAGGAUAACCCCGGCCGAGAUCAA